CCAGGCUCUUCUCCACGGACAACAGGCUGCCAAGGACAAGAGGGGCUGCUGCUCCCAUCAUGCUUUGCAGUAGGAAGCAGGAAGAAGCCAGAUAUUGUCAGCAAGCAGCAAAGUGGACAACAGUACAGAGGAAAACAGACUGAUAGUGAACGAGGAGGCAGGACUCAGGGAGUUAUGGCCAGUGUUGCCUUCAGGACACAUUCAAGCUCUUUCGCUCUGGGAGCAAAGCUGACCACUUCAUCGUCAACGCUUCCCUUUUCCUUACACUGUGCUCCCUCUUCUUCCUCUCUGAGACCAUGGAGGAAGCUGCCAACACCACAGAAACCCCACCGGCCAUACCCAUUCUCUUGGAGCGACAAGUUCGCCAGCGAAAGCCUGCAGUGUCAGUCCUUAAAUCAAAGCUGAAGCAAGCUGUAACUUGCUCUGUGCCCAGAAUCCGAUCCACCCUGUCAGGGUUUUUCCCUGUGAUGCGCUGGUUGCCUAAAUACAACAUUAAAGAGUAUGUCUGGGGUGAUGUGAUGUCUGGGAUGAUUGUAGGUAUCAUCUUGGUACCACAGGCCAUUGCUUACUGCCUGCUGGCAGGGGUGGAGCCCAUAUAUGGCCUAUACACCUCGUUUUAUGCUAACAUCAUCUACUUCCUCAUGGGGACAUCCAGGCAUGUGUCUGUAGGCAUCUUCAGCCUCAUGAGCCUCAUGAUUGGACAGGUGGUGGAUAGGGAGGUGUUCAAGGCAGGUUUUGACCUCAGUGAGGACUCAGCAGUGUCUAAUAUUGAUGUCCUUAAUGAUACACUGGGCAUAAACCUCACAGUCACUAAAGUUCACACUGUGGAGUUAAUGGGUAUGCAGUGUGGGAAGGAGUGUUACGCCAUCAGCAUUGCUGUUGCUGUUACAUUCCUGGCUGGAGUCUACCAGGUUUUGAUGGCAGUGUUUCGACUGGGAUUUGUCUCAGUUUACCUUUCGGCUCCCAUGCUCGAUGGCUUUGCCACCGGAGCGUCCUUCACCAUCCUGACCGUGCAGGCUAAAUACCUCCUAGGUUUAAAGAUUCCACGUCACCAGGGCUAUGGCACAGUAGUCGUUACCUGGUUCAACAUCUUCUCCAACAUUCACAAGACCAACCUGUGUGACCUCAUCACUAGUGCCAUCUGUAUCUCAAUAUUAGUGGCAGCAAAGGAGAUUCAGGAACGCUAUAAGGAUCGUCUGAAGAUGCCUCUCCCCACUGAGCUUGUAGUAGUGGCCGGAGCUACACUAGCCAGUCAUUUUGGAGAGCUGAACAGCCGUUAUGGCUCUAGCGUUUCUGGUCACAUCCCCACAGGGUUCAUGCCUCCCCAGCUGCCCGGCUUUAGUCUGAUGUCCCGUGUGGUGCUGGAUGCCAUUCCUUUGGCAGUCAUUAGUUUUGCCUUCACGGUGUCUUUGUCUGAAAUGUUUGCUAAGAAACAUGGCUACACCGUUCGUCCCAACCAGGAGAUGCUGGCUAUCGGCUUCUGUAAUAUCAUUCCCUCCUUCUUCCACUCAUUCACCACCAGUGCAGCACUGGCAAAAACAAUGGUGAAGGACUCCACAGGCUGCAAGACACAGGUGUCAAGUCUGAUCAGUGCCCUGGUAGUCCUCCUUGUCCUCCUCUUCUUUGCACCUUUCUUCCAAGCUCUCCAGAAAUGUGUGCUUGCUUGUAUCAUAAUUGUUAGCCUUCGGGGGGCACUGAGAAAGUUCAGGGAUGUACCGGCUAAGUGGCGUGCGAGCCGAAAUGACGCCAUCGUUUGGCUGGUUGCCAUGUCAGCCACGGCUCUGAUCAGUGUGGAGCUGGGCCUCCUUGUAGGAAUAAUCUUUUCCAUGAUCUGCUUCAUCUUUAGGACUCAAAAUCCAAAGGUCUCCCUCCUGGGCCGGGUUGAUGACACUGAUUUUUACGAGGACUUGGAAGAGUAUAAGAACCUUGUGGCACCAUCUCGGGUUCAAAUAUUCCGCUUCCAGGCUCCUUUGUACUACGCCAAUAAGGAGUCUUUUCUCAAGUCUCUCUACAAAGCUGUCGGAGUCGAACCCUUCUUUGAGCUGACCAAAAGGAAAAAGGCAGAGAAGAAGGCCAAAGAUGCGUCUGCGAAGCAGGCCAAGGCGAACGGAGAGAAAAAUAACGGAGAUGUUGUAGUGAGACUGGUCCAAAGAGAAUUGGAGUUUCACACAAUAGUUUUAGACUGUUCUGCAAUCCCUUUCAUAGAUUCAGCAGGCUUGGCUGCUUUUCUAGGGCUGGUCAAGGAAUAUAAAGGGAUUGGCGUGAGUGUGCUCCUUGCCUGUUGUAACACUUCACUCAUUGAUACCCUGCAGAAGGGAAAAUUCUUUGGUAAGAAUGACGAAGACAUGGGCAGCCUUCUGUUUCACACAGUUCACGCUGCUGUUGUCCAUGCUAACAGGGCAGCUGCAGCCACAGAGAGCAGGUCAGAGGACUCUGAGGUGUAGGUGAGCCAGAGGAGAAAGAGAAAAGAUGUGCCCGGUUCAUUCCUCUGUUUGAUUUCCCACUGGUAUUGUGAAAAAAUGUUUAGGCAGUAUCAGUUUGGGCAUUAGAUAGCUCUAUGAUGCUUUUUAUAACCCUUCUUUUUAGAAAACAGUGGAAAAUAUAUUUUUAAGCUUUGUGCCUAUUAAAUUUGAUCCAAAGCCUUCUGUUUCAAAGAUAUAAAAAAAAUGGAUUCAAAGUGGCAAUGAGCAAUGCAAGCCAGAGUAAAGGAACGAUAUGGUGAAGACACAUAUCCAGUGAUAAACCAAUGAGACAGAAAUGGCUUAAAAAAUAUAACAAAUUUUCUGCUUUUAAAAGUAAAAAAAAUUGUAAAGGUUUGAAAUCCAACUUUACUACAUGCAUUUUUAAAAUCUUUUUCAAGUGUACGUCAUUAUAUUUUUUCCAAGUAAGAUGAAGAAAAUGUGGUCCAAAAAGAGCUGCAGUAGGUGUUCUCAGUCAGUAGCAGUUUCGUUUUGUUCUGUCAAGUCUUCUCUUUGCAGGAAAAGGAAAUGAGCUGGAGGAGUAGCGACACAAACAAACACGUAGCUUUUUAACUUUUCAGUGCUAAUGACUGAAUAUAGACUUUUGCAAUUAGUUUUCAGACAACAGUUUUACAUAGUCUAGAGUUAAGUGAACCUGAAUUUUUUUCAGGAGCUGUUAAAGCAGAGCAAGCACUGAUGAACUCUGAAUCUGUGCAUGCUUGCCUGUAGUGUAUAACUGGAUGGAUGUUUGCUUUUUUUCAUUCCCAAGCUAGUUUCCACUCAGUUUCUGGCUAAUACUCUGUGUGCAGUUUUAGUACAACACACAUGUGCCACAAUAUGAAAGUAUUAUUUAUUGCAAUGAAAGAUAAGUCAGUUCAGUUUACAUACCUUGAACCUCUUGGCCAAAGUCCGUAAUGGCUUUAACCCGGGGUUGUAGAAUCCAGAUUUAGAGAUUUAUCUAAGUGCCAGCUAUUACCUUGGACGUUAAAUCAUUCAUAAAAGGCUGGUUAAAGUUUUCCUGACACCAGGAAGGAAAGUUAUACGUGACACACGAGGACUAUGUGCUUUUCUCAGUGUGGUUAGGUGAGGGUUCAUUACAACAUGCUAGUACUGUUGGACCGUUCCAAUGGCCCAAAUGGGGAAAAACCAUGGAAAGAAAUAGUAACAUAUGAUUAAGAUGUAUAUGGGGACUUUGCUCAGGUGAAAAUUAAAACAAAAACUGGUGCCUUGAAUCGACGGCAACAGGUGAUACCAUAAACGUGGACUGAUUCACUGCCAUUGAUUGUUAAAUUCUCACUCUCGUAUCUUUGCUAAACCACAAUUUUCCUUGAUCUCUUUAAAUCUUUCAAUUCAAUUCAGUUCAAUUCAAUAAACGUUAUUGGCCCCGAAGGAAAUUGGGUAAUUUCUUUAAAAUUUAAAAAUGAAUAAUAACUGAGACUAUCUAUGUCAAUAAAAAAUGAUAUGUUAGGCUGAAGUGUUGAAAAACUGUCACUGUAAUAUGAUGUGGACAUGAGACAACUGUAAAUUUUGAAAAUCAUCAUUUUCAUACAUUUAUGUUGUCAUCUACCAUUUCUAAGAUUUUUUUUUUUUACUGGAAUCGUGAUAGUGACUUUUGUUUUUAGCAGGAGUUUCUUUGAUUCUCGUCUUAGAGACAGCGUUGACGUUCAACAUCAUCAAAUGUUUUUUAAUGUUUAACACUUAGAUUAAACCGUGUCUUUAGAGAAACACCUGUGGGUGUGAUUUAUUAUUACAAUUACUAAUAUUAUUGUUAAUUAAAAUUGGUUAACAAACAAAAGGAUGUCAUAUAAAGAGAGACUACUUAUCAUUUUGAUAGAAAAACAUGUAUUCAACCUACAAUGGCCAGUACUUUAUACUUCGUAACUGAGGAAGAUCAUUCUGAAGUUGUUUCACAUUAUAAAGAUGCAGCUUUUUGCAGAUUGGUGUUUGUGAGCUCUGCCUCUCUAACAUGAUUCGGUUUAAACCCAAUCAUAUUACUGACCUGUUACAAAACACCCUUAAUUGCAAAAUAUUCCUCCAGGUUUUUUUUUUCCUUUUUAAUACUUUAGCACUUACUUUUCAACCCUUUUGUUGCCCCUGUCUUUUUUGAGAUGUGUUGCUGCCAUCAGAUUCAAAAUGAGGUAAUAUUUUUUCAUGAAAUAGUAAAAUGUCCCAGUUUAAACACUUGAUAUGUUUUCUAUGUUCUACUGUGAAUAAAGUAUAGGAUU